GACCCAAAGCUGGUGAUUUAGUAACUGCUUAGAGCGAAGAGAAAAACACACAGCACUUCUUCUGCAUCCGAAUUCAAGAGAAUAUCUUUUGUUGCAUCUGUUUUGGUUUUAAGUCGGUAGAAUCAUGACAAUAACGACUGUAGGAUCGGUGAAGAAAAUGUUACCCAAGACGUAUGAGCACAGAAAAGAGGUGUUGGCAGAGAUUGUGACUGUCAUGUCCCAGUACAAGCACCUGGAACCGGUCUUGGACAGAUUUGUUUUCAAUGAUGGCACUGUGAAGAAGCUGGUAAGCCUAGUGGGAACAGUGGCGGUGUUAUACCAAGGGAACAUUUAUAACAUCCCUCUAUGUCUGUGGCUGGAGGAAAGCUAUCCCCGCACCGCUCCAGUCUGCUAUGUGAAACCCACCAAAGAGAUGAUGAUCAUUCCAAGUAGUCAUGUGAACAGCAAUGGGCAGAUUCUACUACCCUAUCUGGAUGAGUGGAGACAUACUCAGUGUGACCUCCACAGCUUGAUUCAAGUGAUAAUGGCCGUCUUUGGUGAAACGCAUCCUUUGUGUAUGCGGCCAGGUUUAGUAGCAGAGUCUCUGAGAAGUUCACAGACUUGCUCCACACUAGACAACUCCCACAUAACACUGCAGAGAGAGGACGGGUUACCUUUCCAAGACAAUAAUGAAACCAACUGUUAGGUGUACAAACUGUAUUCAUAUUUUGUAUGUAAUUGUAUAUAUUCAUAUUGAAUCAUGUAUAAUUUACAUAGUAAAUGAUGGGGUACACACAACCUAAUGGAAAUACAACAGGAUAGAUCUAGUCAUGUUCAUGACUUAAAGCAUGUGUCUAUUUUCUAUAUUUAAAUGAUGUAAACAAAGUUUUCUUUUAGAUUUGUUUGUAUGGAUGCGUAUUUGUUUGCAGUGCGUUAGAAAAUGUUGAUUUUCCUGGUUGCAAAUGUACAUCUAAAUAACUAUUUUUUAAUAGUUAGUUCUAUUAUAAUUUUCAAUCCUUCUAUAUCUUAAUGAUGUAAACAAACGUUUCUUUUAAAAUGUUGUAUGGGUGCGUAUUUGUUUGCAGUGCUUUAGAAAAUGUUGAUUCUCCUGGUUGCAAGUGUACAUCAAAAUACAUCAUAGUUAUUUCUA